AUGAAACGUCGACUGCUUGUUCCCUAUUUGGUUCCAUCCUUGGCCAUACUGGUGUGUGCAUUCUUCUCGGAAGGAAUUAGAACUUAUUGUCCAAGUAUGCAAUCAUGUGUCAUUUUGACCUUGUUGGGAAUUCUUAUUGGAAUUUAUGGAUUUACUUUAUUAAGGUUUUCUUAUAUGAGAUAUUUGUAUCGAUUGUUGGCAAUGAAUGAAUCUUCGGAGAAACAAAUCAAACUCCAUCGAAUGCUUUCGUCUGUUUUGUUUGGAAUUAUUGGUUCAUUAUGUUCUGGACUUUUAUAUGGACUGGUUUGGCUAUUGAUUGCCAUUAUUUACUUUUCCACAAAUGGGUAUAAUCCAAAACCUCAAUUAGGAAUCAAUAUCAUGUAUGUGAUUCAGGUUUUCAUUCCAUGUGUGUUAGAAUAUUAA